AUGGAGUUCAUGGUUGUGGGAGUUGAUGUUUUCUCGCUCUUGAUCAUCGCCAUCGGGGUCUACGCCAAAAUCCAGAAAGCAACAGACACGGUGCGGGACACGUUCCUCAUUGACCCGGCUGUGAUCCUCAUCGUCGUGGGAGUCGUUAUGUUCUUCAUCACCUUCUCCGGCUGCAUCGGAGCGCUCCGAGAGAACAUCCGCCUCCUGAAGACCUUCUCUUUGAGCUUGACUUUGGUCUUCAUCACACAACUGGGGAUCGCGGUCCUGGGGUUCUUCUAUUCGGAUCAGACCAGAGAUGCUUUAGGGGAGUUUGUGAAGAAGGCCAUCGUGCACUACCGCGAUGACCUGGAUCUGCAGAACCUGAUGGAUUACAUUCAAAAGGAGGUACCGCACUCUGGACCACAGUCUGGACCAAAGUCUGGACCAAAGUCUGGACCAAAGUCUGGACCAAAGUCUGGACCAAAGUCUGGACCAAAGUCUGGACCAAAGUCUGGACCAAAGUCUCUCACAUUUGUGCCUGAGAGCUGCAGCCUGAGCUCCUCUUGUGGGGGGUGA